AUGAGCAACCAAGGAGAAGCGCGCGAUGCGCAGCCGCCCACUUCGGCGUCAUCGCUAUACCUUACUCUGGGUCCAGUCUUACUGACUGCUGCUGUCUACAUAUCCAUCUUUCUGUGUCUGAGAAAGAGCCAGAGGCGCUACUAUGCUCCCAGAACCUACCUGGGAAGUUUGCGCGCGAGCGAGCGUGCACCUGCCCUGCCAACGGGAUUGUUCAAUUGGUUCGGGGCCUUUUGGAAGAUACCCGACAUACAUCCCCUCCAGCAUCAAUCCCUCGAUGCCUAUCUCUUCCUUCGCUUCCUGAAGGUCCUUAUUGCCGUCUGCUUCGUGGGAUGCUGCUUGCUGUGGCCCGUCCUCUUCCCGGUCAACAUCACCGGAGGGGGCUCAGCCACGCAGGUUGACCUCCUCUCUUACGCCAAUAUCAACAAGGACACCCAGAGUAACCGAUACUACGCCCACGUCUUCAUGUCUUGGAUUUUCUACGGUUUCGUCAUGUAUAUGGUUCUGAGGGAGUCUAUUUACUACGUGAAUCUGCGCCAGGCUUUCCUGCUGUCGCCCUUCUACGCCAACCGCAUCUCUUCUCGAACCGUCCUCUUCGUCUCUGUCCCUGACGCAUAUCUCGACGAGGCCCGGAUGCGGAAGGUCUUCGGCGACUCGGUGAAGAAUGUUUGGAUCACUGGAGACACCGAGAAGCUUGACGAGCUGGUCAAUUCGCGCGACAAGGUGGCUAUGAAGCUGGAGAAGGCCGAGGUCAAACUGGUCAAGCUCGCCAAUGCUGCUCGGCUCAAGGCCAUCAAGAAGGGCGCGGCGGAUCAGAGGACUGAGGCUCCUGUUGACGCCGAGUCUGGUAGUUUGGCCGCCCGCUGGAUUCCUGCCAAGAAGCGACCUUCUCAUCGACUAGGGCCCCUCGGGCUGGUGGGCAAGAAGGUGGACACGAUCAGUUGGUGCCGAACCGAACUCGAACGCAUCAUCCCGGCCGUCCAGAAAGGUCAAGAUGCGUACCGCGCCGGGGAUUUCAAGAAGAUCAGCAGUGUUUUCGUCGAGUUCUUUCAUCAGGCUGAUGCCGAAUCAGCCUACCAAGUGCUGGCACACCACCAAGCUCUGCAGAUGUCACCCAAGUACAUCGGCGUCACUCCGGGUGAGGUUGUCUGGAGCAGCUUGAAAGUCUCGUGGUGGCAGAGAGUCAUUCGCAGAUUUGCUGUCGUCGGCUUCAUCAGUGCUCUCAUUAUCUUUUGGGCCAUCCCUGUUGCUGCUGUCGGUGCCAUCUCGAAUAUCAGCUACCUUGAGAACAUCUUCUUCCUCACAUGGCUUAAGAUGAUCCCUGAUAUCAUCAUGGGCUUCGUACAAGGUCUUCUGCCAUCGGUUCUAUUGGCAGUACUCAUGUCUUUAGUGCCCGUUAUCAUGAGGCUCUGCGCCAAGCUUUCGGGUGAACCUUCACUAUCUCGCGUCGAGCUAUUCACCCAGAACGCAUACUUUGCUUUCCAGGUUGUCCAGGUCUUUCUGAUUUCAACCUUGUCAUCUGCUGCGUCAACCGUCGGUCAACAAAUCGCGGAGAAUCCCGGAAGCGUCACCAGCAUUUUGUCCGAGAACUUGCCCAAGGCCUCCAACUUCUACAUUUCUUACUUCAUUGUUCAGGGCAUAGGUAUUUCGGCAGGAGUCGUCUCACAAGUGACCGGAUUCGUCAUCUUUACCCUGAUGUACAAGUAUCUAUCAGGCACACCACGUGCUCUGUACACCAAGUGGGCAAACUUGAGCGCCAUCUCGUGGGGUAGUGUGUUGCCGGUGUACACCAACAUCGCUGUCAUUAGCAUUACGUAUGCGGGAAUUGCUCCACUGAUGCUUGGAUUCGCUACUAUUGGUCUUUCGCUCUUCUAUCUCGCUUGGCGUUACAACAUCUUCUUUGUCACCGACACCAAGAUCGACACGAGAGGUCUCAUUUACCCGCGGGCGUUGAAGCAGCUCUUCGUCGGCGUCUACAUUGCGGAACUGUGCAUGAUCGGAAUCUUCGCCACCUCGGUUGCCAUUGGUCCGUUGGUUCUGAUGAUAGUGUUCUUUAUCUUCUCGAUAUUGUUUCACAUGACGAUCAACAGCGCUCUUGACCCCCUGCUCUACAAUCUGCCCCGGACUCUCGGGGUCGAGGAACUGGCACUGCGUGACCCUGUUGCUCUCAAGGAAGGUCUUCACAGUGGCGAUGGGGAGCUCAGGAACGGAUCUGUUCCCCAAACCACCGCUGCUGGCAAGAAGGCCGGGUUCAUCUCCAAGUUCUUCAAGCCGUGGCAGCACUGCGACUACGAGACCCUGCGCAAGCUGGUUCCUCAUGACCGUAUUGAUGUGCACAACCUCUACACGGACGAAGUCGAACGCGACGCGUACUUCCCACCGUCGGUGUCCAGCCCCACGCCACUGCUCUGGAUUCCCGAGGACCCGAUGGGCAUCUCGAAGCAGGAGAUCCGGGAUACCGCGAAGGUGAUUGCCAUGACUGACGAGGGCUGCACCCUGAACAACAAGAACAAGUUGGAGUGGGAUACGGAGUCGGUCCGACCUCCUCUAUGGGAGGAGAAGAUAUACUACUAA